CUCUCAUGUAUUGAAGUAAUUGCUUUUAUUUACCUAAAAGGCUAACAUUUAAUACAGGUCGAUGCAUCUUUGCAGUAGAAUAACAUUGUGUGUAGUCUUCCUGGUCACUUCCCCACCUCGUGCUCUAUAAUACUCCGAGUAGUGGCAGUUUAGUGCGGCAGUGACAGCGUUAAACGCGCUCAGUCAGUCUCCACCUUUUAUGUAAAUGUCAGUGUGAGUGAGUGGGACCCGAGGCGGAGAGAGCGCUCAGUGAAUGGGGGGAGUUGCCUGCCUUCACGGAUGUGGCCCUGCGCUCACAACAAGGAGGUGUGGGUCUGUCUCCAGCGUUUGCAUCUAUUCGGAGGAAAGAAGCGAGAGGCUGCCUUUGGACGCGAACGUGCAAUUAUGUCACGAGCGCACAGGGUCUGUGCAACGAGAGCAUCUGAAUAAUCCAUACAAGCGAUAAACAGACUCUACAGGAAUAAAGCAAUGGGUGGCCAGAUAACGCGAAAUGCCUUUUACGACUCCCUCGGUGGCCCGUUUCCGUCCACGUCACACCGAUGCCACCACAAACCCAAGAGGUGCCUGCCUAUCCAGUGUGGCAGCGUUGGCGGGCCCCUUCCCAUCAGCCCACUUCUUUUCCAUCCAAACGCCAAGGGAUCCCAAAUCGUCAUGGACCUUGCCCAGAAGACAGUCAAGAGGCAGGCCAGUUUCUGCAAUGCCAUCACCUUCAGCAACAGGCCCAUAUCGCUGUAUGAGCAAGUCCGCCUCAAGAUUACUAAAAAGCAGUGUUGCUGGAGCGGGGCUCUUCGUCUGGGCUUCACCGCCAAAGACCCCUCCAGGAUAAAUCCAGACAACCUGCCCAAGUACGCCUGCCCUGACCUGGUGUCCCAGAGCGGCUUCUGGGCGAAGGCCCUGCCUGAGGAGUUCGCCAACGAGGGCAACGUUAUCGCCUUUUGGGUUGACAAGAAGGGCAGAGUUUUCUACCGCAUUAACGAGUCCAGUCCCAUGCUGUUCUUCAGUGGAGUCCGCACAGCUGAGCCCCUCUGGGCCCUCAUUGAUGUUUACGGUCUGACCCGUGGAGUGCAGCUGCUGGACAGUGAGAUUGUUCCUCCUGACUGCCUACGCCCACGCUCCUUCACCACAGGGCGCUCCUCUUCUCUCCGGCGUGAAGCUGAUGACUCCCGUCUGUCCGUCAGCUUGUGUGACCUCAACUUGCAGCAAGAGGACGGACGCAACGCACACAAUCACUCCCACCGCCACACCCUCCACCUGGCCUCCGCCUCCUCAUCCUCCACCUGCCCCAUACCACAGAACUCCCUCAACUCCCAGCAGUCCUCUCUGCUGCCAUCCGCCCUGGAGAGCGACCUCCACUUCCACCAGCUGCGCGGCGCCCACAUUAAGACGCUGGACGAGCAGACGGUGGCGCGAUCUGAGCAUGCACGUGACGAACGCACUCUUGUCUUCACCAACCGACCCCUGCGCACCGGAGAGACUGUCUUUAUUAAAGUCACUAAGUCCAGCCCGGCACGUUCCGGCUCAUUGUCCUACGGUGUGACCUCCUGUGACCCAGCGGUGCUGCGCCCCAGCGACUUGCCCUACAAUCCAGAGGCUCUGGUGGACAGGAAGGAGUUUUGGGCAGUGUGUCGGGUGCCCACGCCUCUCCAAAGCAGUGACAUCCUGGGCUUCUUAGUCAACCAGGAAGGGGAGGUCCUCCUCAGCCACAACGGCACCAAUGUGGGCAUGCAGGUGUGUGUGGACAACUCCCGCCCACUCUGGAUGUUCUUUGGUCUCCAUGGGGCUGUGACUCAGCUGAGGAUUCUGGGUUCCACUCAUGCUGGGGAUCCACGGGCCACGUCGAACCCCAGCUCGCCCUCCUCCUCUCCACACACUCCCAGCGCCCUGGGCAGUGGCAGCUCUGAUCCGGUGCUGAACGGAGGCCUUUGCUCCGGCGCUUACUGCAGCUCAGCAGGGGGAACAACCCCCAACUCACCAGUCAGCCUCCCCGAGUCACCAACGUUCCCAUCAGGCCGUGGGCCUUGGUCUGACGAGUGCUCCAUCUGUUACGAGAACACGGUUGACACUGUCAUCUAUGCCUGUGGACACAUGUGUCUGUGCUACACCUGCGGCCUCAAACUCAAGAAGAUGUCCAACGCAUGCUGUCCCAUCUGCAGAAGGCAGAUCAAAGACAUUAUCAAGACCUACCGGAGCACGUAAAGAGACGACGGCUGACGGACGGCCAGCCUCUCUAAGAAGCAAAAUCAGGAGAAGAAAUGUAGAAGUUCAGGGAAUAUGAACUCUGGUACUUAAAUGUGGUAUUUUCAUACAAUUGUUUGGUUUGCUCGCGUGACCUUCUCUAAAGCUGGUACCGCUUGGCUGGGAAGGUCUCUUGUCAGCAGAGGCGGCACAUGAAGGUUCCAUUGAGAACUUUUCUUGCCAGACGUGUUUUGCUCUCUCCUGGGAUCUUGGAAGACUUUGAAGGAGAGGGAAAAACUGAAACAAUUCCAAAAUCCUUUCAUUUAUUGAGCCAUGUUUGAUUUAGGGACUCUCACUCAUUUGCGCUGAAGCAAAUGAGUCACUUCGGGGCUGAAUGUCACGAUAAUAGUUCUCUUAGAGUAUGACUGAAGCACUGAAAUAUGCUGUCAACCUGAUGCGUAUUUCUGACUGACAGGUAAUCAUCUCAGUAUGUCACAACUUGUGUCUGUGUGUUACUGAGCAUUGGAGAAGAGAAGUAAGUCUGGCAUCGUGACGAUGAGGUGAUGGAUUUCUGUAAUUGUCGUGGUGAUUAUCAGUGCGUGAUGUGCUUAGAGAUGCGAAGUGGUGCUGAGUAUAUUAAGUAGGAUUGUAACACCUAUUGUACUUGUAUAAUCUAAUGUACCUUUAUGGUAGUGCUAUUGCAAAUGUUGGUGGUAGCUAUAUUGUUGUGCUAGCUAGCUGCUUGCUCUGCAAUGUGAUAUGUUGCACUGAAAUCAGCAUUGUCCUCUCCGGUAUAGACGGAGCGGACAAAGACAUUCAUCGGUUCAAACAAUCUACAAACCUGCGUCCAGCAGACUCAGCAGCUCCGAAUCUAUAAAAAGGAAACAGGAAGUGGAAACAUUUGGAUUCUCCUCAGGGCCAGCAAUCUUUAUUAAGAAGAUGCAAACUAUUUUUCAAACUUCACCUAUAACCAUGCCUGAUACACUGUGAGCGCUCAUGAUGAAUUGACAGGUCCUCUAAAAUAGUUCCCAUAACAACACAUGAAGUCAAAGGAUUGUUGCCAUGGUAUCAGAAGCCACCACAGAUACAACACAGCCUCCUGCCUUAAACCAGAGAAGGUUCAUUUGUUACAUGCGGAUGUAUCAUAUUCUGUGUUUUCUGCUGUUUUCCAAAACCCUUGACACGUUACCAAAUAAAGCUGUGUGGCACAAAGUGUCACAAAAGGUUCACUCAGAGGAGAAAAAGCACACAUUUAAGAUUAUUUUUGUAACAUAAAUUCAUGACAUUUCCAAUAUUUAACUACAAUGUUUGAUACUCUUUGUGACAGGCCUUUCACCAGCAGCAAAUAUCCUUUACAGAAAUCAGUUCAGGGGGAAGGAUUUAAAAAACAAAAAACAUUUUCAAUAUUUGUAUGAUUCCUAUCCCCCAAUUUCAAAAUAAAAUGUCUUGAUACAUACCCCAGAAGGGUCACCUCUAAAUACAGCCACUCAGCAGUAAGCCAUAGCUCAUUACAGGAAGCUAUCAGGCUGUUUUUGUAAUGAAAUUGUUCUUCAUUUUGUAGAUAAUCAACAAAUGGGGCUCAAACUUUGCUGCUAAGGUAUUUGCCAGCUGUCCUUUCUGGACAAAUGCUGACUGAUGUUUCACACAUCCCUCCUCCCACAUUACAAUUUGAUUACACUACCACUUGAAGUGUUAAUCCACAUUUGAAUGUUAAUUUAUGUAUUUAGAGAUAAAUGAUUUUUAUCGGUGUGCUUGAAUUGAAAAAAAAAAAAGGAAAAAAAAGCUUAGUCAGAUUUUUGUUUUAAGUUUCUUUUGAUUGAUAAUCAUGAUUCUAAGAUUUGUUUUCCUGUUUGUCCAAAACCAUGAGAAGCUAAAUGAGUUCUUGUUUUCUAAUAGUGAGAAUAUAGAGUUUCUUACCGUGCAGCAAUAAGAGAUAUUGCAGUACACAAUCAAAACCUCAUUGCUUUGGGGUGCAAGAUAUAAACUCUUAGUUUUAUUACAAUCCUUGAAUUUCAGGAGUUCUUUUUUGUAAUUUAUCUUCUUGUGUGUCAGCCCAUGUAAGGGAGCCCGACUAGCCAUUCUGUAUUUAUAUCUCUUAUUAUAGGCAAUGAUACAUGUCACUUUAUAAAGCUACUGAUUGUAAUUUUGUAAAUGUUUAGGCCAGCGUUGCUCUCUGAGACUCAACCAUGGCAUGUUUUAUUUUAAACACUCUGACCAAAUUGAAUCAUUUAUUUUUUUCCUUUUUAAAUAUAUUGUACAAAUGUCCCUUGGUGCAAAACCCUGUAUUCAUUUUGGGCUUUUAAAAAAUGAUAUCCAUCGAUUUUUGACCAUAUUAAUUGAUAAACACAAACUACAGUUCAUACUUAGUUAAAGACCAUCUGUAAAUGAUAUAUGUACCUUUUAAUGAAAGGUAUAUUUACAUAUAUUUAGGUUAUUUUGCAUCCAGAAUACUCCACAGGCUCCUUGAAUGUUACUGAUCCUGUAAUGUUUAUUUAUUCGUCCAUCACGGAUGUGUGGACUCAUUUCUCCAAACUUGUUUUUCCUGUGUGUUUUGCUUUCUCCUACAUUUCCACUAUACCGAUAUGACUCCUCUGUGUCUGGCCAAUCGCACAGCAGCACAUUCAGAGAUUCUUUCUGUAGAUCUUAGUACUUUUCGUCACGCAUGAGUAAUCUGCGUGAGCAUCGGGACCAACAGUCGACAAGCAUCAGAGUGGAAUGCUGUUCGUGUUUGUGUGUGCUGAGGCUGCAGACACUGUACACUGUACAUGGCCAUUGUUGUGACACAGCAGCUGAAGUACUUUGCAAACCUGUAUUUCCUUUUCUUUUUCAUUUGAAACAACAAGUGUUUGUUUGUGAACUCUGUUCAGUGUGAGUUGGAUGAUUGUGGUUAAUAAACUUUCCAGAUGUGUUUGAGCAAAA